AUGUCCGACGCUACCUUCCACACCACUCGCCAGGAUCUCCGCAAGGAAGAAUCCAAGAUCUCCCAAAAGCACGGUGGAAAUGUCCCCGCUGACUCUGAUGUUUCACAAAUGAAGUCUAUUAUCGAUCAAAACACCAACAAGUCGAAGCAGAUUGACGAGACCAAGGCCAACCUGCCUCUACCAGACCAGCCCCCAGUUGCCAGCGAUUGGAACUCGGCUGAUCAGCGCACUGUGAACGUCGGAUCAGGCGGGAUUUCGGGCCCGAUUUCUUACGACCCCAACAGCGGAUUAGAGGGUUCUACUACUGCUCAGAGCAGUGUCCGUGUUGACGGAAACGCAUUGCAUAAGAACACCGCUCCUGGAAAUGUUGGCCGUCAAGCUACCGAGGGCCUCGAUCACUUGCCUUCUGAUGCUACUACCCGUUAA